AUGCUGCGCAAGCUAAGCCUGCGCUUUCCGUGGACUUUUUGUCUCGGCUCGUUUUCAUUGUUUUGUCUCAGCUACCUUUGCUGGACGGGCUCAUGCGCACCAUCGCCAGAUAGUCCCAGGUCGGUGCGCCGGUUGAGCCAGGAAGGAAACACAGAGAGAACGCAUGCAAGACGCCAAAGCGCGAUUUACAAUCUGAGGGCAAGCCCCUUCUCGGGUCAGCUCCUCCCACGGCCAUGGGAGGAGUCUGCCAGUGUCUCGGUGAAGUCAGAUGCGCCAGAAGAGAAUUCUAUACCGAAGGAGGACCUUCAGUUGGAUGGGAGCGUUGAGCAAGGAUGGUCAGGCUGGUUGGUGGCUGCCUUGGGUGUUGUAGGUGUGCUUUUCCCUUUGACAUACUGCAUCAUUCCACACCUUCGCAAGCUGCUUUGCAAAUCGGGAUGCUUGGAUCCGUCGUAUCAUGUCGUACCAGACUCGGAGAUGAUUGGGCAUGCCUCAAUCCAUUCUGAUGUGCCGGAGACGACAAGCUUGACAAGCUUGCCGCAGCCAGCAGCGACCGAAUAUUUCUUCAUCGGGGAAGAGGCAGCCAAUGCGAAUCCAGCGGCCCAGACGGAGUCAGAGCCAGAAGCUGAGUUGUACCCCGAGGAGUCCGAAGUCACCGAAGAGUCCGGUUGGUCCACACGACCUCGCAGCGACGGUGCAUCAUCGGAGGCACAAGAGGACCGCCAGGAGCGGCCCCAGGAGCGGCUUAGGUCUCCUCGCGAGCUUGGCGUGUCCUUCCAAGCCGCAUCGGAGCCCAUUCUUCCUGUGCCUUGCAUCGUGGCCAAACCGUCGGAGCCUGUGACCAGUGGCAGGUCAAGUUCCCUGAUGAUGCUGUAUGCCUCCCCACUCUGCCGAAUUGACGCCACCCGUGGAGCUACCCCACUGCCAGCUCUCGAUUUCGAACAAGAGUGGAGGAGCCUGGUGACAGCUUCGGUGGAAUCGCCAAACGGACCCUCUUUGACAGCUCGCCCGCUGACAGCAGCAAGCCUUCAACGCAGCCUAUCGCACGGAAUUGCAACUCGAAAAGACACCAACAUCCUUCACCUAUCUGCACACGGUACCCCACAGGGCUUGGUCCUUGAAGAUGGAAAGGGGACCGCUCACCUCCUCAGCUGCGAGCUCGUGAAGGAGAUGCUGUCGCUGCGCGCGGGGGCAGCUCCCUUCCAGCUGGUAGUUCUCAACGCCUGUCAAUCCCAAGCAGUUGGCAAUGUCUUUGCUGACUCCGGCAUUCCGCAUGUGGUCUGCUCUGAGGACAUUAUCAUGGAUUCCUGGGUGAAGAUCUUCAUGCGCAUGUUCUACACAGCAAUCUUUUGUGGCAGCACAGUAGCCGCGGCCUUCGACGGUGCCGUCACUUCUCUACGAUGCCAGCCUGGCAUCCCGCAGGAGGCAAGCCGCAGCUUCUGCCUGCUUCCGCGAACCGGAGACCACGACAAAGUCAUCUGUCCCACGAGGGUGGCCGCACGAAAGCCGCAGACCAGGUUGCUGAGCACGCCGUUCGAGCAGUUCUUGCCCGAACUUCCAGAAGACUUCACUGGGCGGACACUGGAUGUUUGGUCCAUCCUCCAGCACUUGGACAAGCGUCGCUUUGUCACAGUAUGCAAUCGGCAUGCUGUACCAGGAAUAGGCAAAUCUGCGGUACUCGAUGCUGUUCAUCGAGCAUCUGCUUUGCACAUGCAGAUGCGAUGCGUCAAAGUUCGAGUGGGUUCAGAAGUGGAGGACUGCAUGUCCUGGAUCUCCAGUAUUCGCUCAGCCGUCCAGCUAGCGUUGGCUGAGGAGGACUGGCUUAGCUCGACCCGGAAGGGUGUCAGUUGCCAGUCGAGGUUGACCUCCGCUUCGGUGACCCGUCCCCGCAAGUGUUUGCCCCGAAGGCAGGCGAGGAAGACGCAGCUGGAGUCCGAAGUGCCGACGUGGUCCAAUGAGGAGUUGCUCCAGACCUUGCUGCACGAGCUGAGCCUGCUUGCAUCGAAAUGGCAAAGGCGAAACACGGCCAGCGUGCAGACGGGGAGCACAAGCCGAGGAUCCAAGGUGCAAGCAGUGUCUGCCGGCGAUGCCAGCGGGCUUGGAAUACUGCUCCUGAUCCACGGCUGCGGGACAAUCUUGGAGAGGUGCCCGGACAUGUUGAACAUUCUCUCCGAGAUCCUGCGCCAUUGUCCGAACCUUCGGAUAGUUGUGAGUUCUCAGUACCGACUGCUGGGGCCAGGAUGCAGCCAGUUCAAGGUUGUGCACUACGAGCUUGAGGGCUUAAAGCCUGCGGAUGCGGCACGGUUGUUUCUUCGUCGUGCCCAGCGACCUCUGAGAUGGAAAGAGGUGCUUGCCGGAACGGAUGCAGAGCGCGUACUUUCUUCAGUGACAGACGAUGCUCAUGUCGUUCUGAACAAGGAUAGUGAAAAAGAGGUCCUGGAAUUAAUAGCGUCGCAUCCGGCUGUGGCGCGCUUGAAAGGCGCCCCUCAAGCACUUAUCGAGCUGGCUUGCCACAUGGGGCAUCGCACGCUGAUCGAUUUUGCAGCAGAAGGUCUCCAGGCACCAAUUCCUGGAUCUGAUGAUGUUCCCGCAUGGCAUUUGCGAAUGACCAUGGUAGACAAGUUUGCGUUUAGCCACAUGGCGUUGGGAUACCUGAUGAAAGGCUUCACACGAACUUUUGGUGCGUAUCACAACUUCUACAAAUGCCAAGAGGAGAAUCUGUACCGCUCUGCCUGCUGGGGCUUCAUGACGGUGAUGGAGUCCACUCACCCGAAGGUGGCUGUUGGAACGAGGCUCUACGGCCUCGUGCCACCGGCAAGGUACCAGGUGCAGCCCGUGGGUGGCACGAUCCCGCCGGGAAAGAAAGGAGAGCCUGCAAUGGUGGAACUUGCCAUGGAGGAGAUACCCUUCAACCUGCGGCGCUUCCAGGAAAUGGAGGUUUCUGAAGGCCUGGAGCCCCACCUGGAGGACUGGAUCGUGGCGACCAAGGAAAUCUACACUAUGGCGUAUUACAUGGAUGAGCAGCUCUUGGUGGAUACUGGGAUGAUCAGCUGCGUGCUGAUCUCCUGCGCCUCUGCGAAGACCGCGCUCGCUUUGGCCUUCUGUCUUCGGAUGAGAGACAUGAGGUAUGUCUUCGGACUGACUUCCAAGGAGCAUCUCGAGUUUGCUCGAUCCACGGAUCUCUACCACGAGGUCUUUACCUACGAGGAUGUCGAUUCACUUCCAAACACUCACACCGUGGUGUACAUGGACUUCAAGUGCGAUGGCGAGCUCCGCCAACAAAUUACCCUCAGGAUGGGAACGAAUCUGAUGUACAACAUGGUGAUCGGCCCAGCUGUCUUCCAGAAGAAGAUGAAGGAUCAAGUCUUUGAGAAGCGUGUGCGGGAAGUUCUCUUCGACGAAUCUUCCUGGCGCGAGAGACGCCGCAUGGUGGCCGAGGUCACGAAGACGGGACGGAAUGAGAAACUCAAGCAUUCCUACCAGGCUUUUAUUGACCGCAUGAAGAAGAUCAUUGCAGUCAAGCAUGUCAAUAGUGUGGAUGGAUUCGCGGCCAUGUAUGACAGCCUGUACAGCAAUGUCGCCUCUCCCUCGGACGUCCACGUCUGCUGCUUCCAUGAAGAUGCGACAGUUGACGAGAUCUGGAAGGAAUAG